AAUUUGUAUGCGAAUCAAUUAUAUGUUCAAAGUGAAGAUUAUAAAACUUGGAGUGGCAACAUUCAAAAAGUCAGAAGGUCAGGAGUAUACAAUUGCAGGGAUUGUGGAACAGAUGAAAGUGGUAUUCGGGGAUUUUUCUCCGAGCAUUACUUGAUAGAGCUUUGA